UCUUAUAAGGUUUUCAAAAUCUGAUAGACCACAAACAUGAAGAUAAAAAAUCUUAGAUUUAACUGUUUUGCUCCUAUAGUGUGUGGUGUCCCAUGAUGUGUCAAAGACAACACACCACAAAUAAGCAGAUUUUUAACCAGAGUCUCGACUGUGAACACAGGAAAUUUUGCAAAAUCUCGCAAGACUUCAGAAUAAGCAUGGCGGACAAUAUGCAGGAAGACAUUUCAAUGAUAGGGUUUGGAAUGUUUUACACGACACGUUGUAUAAACAUUCGUGCUGUUGCCACAAAUCAAUAAGCUGAUCUGUGCUGUCCACAUCAAUUUCACUUUGCUGCCAUGACUGCUUCUUUCUUCCAUCAUCUCUGAUUGGAUAUUGUUUGUUGUCGGAGUUCCCUACAUACAUCAGGAUUUCUGAUCAUAAAUAUUAAACAUGAUUCGCGAUCGGGGCGGCUCCGGUGUUCUUCCGAUCAGGUUCAGACACUCCUAAAGCCCGGGAUACACUGCACGAUUAUUGGCUGUCCCAGACGAAAGAUUACUAUCGUGAAACAAUCGUCGCGAUUUCUGCGAUCGUGGCUCUUCAUCGGUGGUCCUAUGUCGUACAAUGAGAGAGGUUCAAAGACGGCCGUUUUCCCGGUCUUGCGUCCAAAGAUAGCCUACGAUAGUUUUCUGACAGUGUCAGAAAUUCAGUGUGUUUGCUGCUACGACCUGCGUGCCGGUAUUUGUUUACCACGAGCCCAUGCUGGUGACGUUGCGCAACGUGUGACGCAGCCGCCGAAGCUUCCGUGUCGUCAUCGUACAGUCUACAUGCCUCUCGUACCCGAGUUUAAACGAUACAUGUCGCACAGUGUGAUAAGGUAAUGAUCUUAUAGGAGGGCAAAAAUCGUGCAGGGUAUUCCGGGCUUAACACACCUCACACCAACGAAAAAUCUGAUAAGAUAAUCUGUAGAACCAUCAAGAUAAUCGGUAGGCUACAUAGCUAGGAUUGUCGGAAGGGGGGAAAUUGGUCCAAAAUCAGCCCAAUUAUCUUUUGGCGUGUACCCAGCAUUAGGGUGUCUAGGAUAAAUUUGGCUUGGAGAAAAAUCUUGUUGCGUCUAAAGACAGCAUUUUUUCUUUAGAGACGAAAAAUGUAAAUGUGAUGAUAAGCCGUAUCAUGGGUCUCCAACCUUGUUCCUGGAGGUCACCUGUCCUGCAGACUUCAGUUCCAACCCCAAUCAAACACACUUGAACCUGCUAAUCAAGUUGUUCAAGACUACCUGAAAAUUAGAGUAGGGUUGGAACUAAAAUAUGCAGGACAGGUCCCUUCCAGGAACAAUGUUGGAGACCCAUGUCGUAGGUCCUUUGAUCUUACAGCAUGCCACCACAGACAAAAGCAUUAAGUCUUUAAAAUCAGCAUUUAAUAACAAUUGGUUUGUUAAUCUCACCUGUCAUACUCCAUAACAGUUAUCUCAUAUCAGCUCAGAUUCAUUUUAAUUUUGUGUGCAUAUGUCUCAAAUGUGAGUAUUUUAACAUGAAUUUUAGCCACAUUGAUGCGUUUGAAAUGGGAGUGACCAGGUUAUACAGCCGGAGGAGGUGAAUAGACCUCUCUGGUUAAUGUUUCACUCUUCUCAUAGGAACAACACACACAGUCACAAUGAUCUGAAUUCAUGGAGGAACUCAAUCAAAUUUCUUCAAAUACAUCUAGAGACGAAUAACAAAGGCUACUCAUUUGUGAAAUUGUAAUUUAGUGGCGCACAAAGUUUGUCAUUGUUUUCAUCAUUUAUUGAGGUUUGUCUUUACAUUUAUCGGAAGCGGUGAUCUGGUUUUUGUCUCUAUGUAUGAAAGACUGACGGAUUGAUGAUAUGAAUGAGAGACUCGAGCGGUGUUUUGUGUGAAAUAGCUCAGUCCUGCUGAAGCAUAUUUCCAGAGCUAAUGAGUAGUAGAUGCUGAACCAUUUCACCUGGGAAGUGACUAAACUGACCACCAUAUAACACCCAGAUCCUGCAGGGGAAAGGAAUAUUAAGCAUUCAACCAAACUGUGUGUGGUGAAUCAAAAAUCUAUCACUAUCAUCUCUAAAAUAUUUUCAUGGGCCGUAUUUUUCACAAUCCACCACAACCACAUGAUGAACAGGAGAGAGAUUUAUUGGAGGAAGGAACAGAACGAACGACACCACCACCAACAGACCCUCAUAUGAUUUGUACUAAUCAAUCAACAAAUCCAAUCCUUGCUGACCUUCUUCAACAUCUACCCCACUUCAUGAAGACCAGAUAAGAAACAAACUGAAACAAUGAGGUUUCAUUUGAGGUUUUACGUGCGCUGCCUGGUUUUAAUGGGUUUCAGUUGUGUCAUUUCUACCUAUGGCCCAGUUCAGAGGGCUCAGAAGACAGGUGACAUACUGUUGGGGGGGCUUUUCCCAAUACACUUUGGUGUUGCCUCUAAAGACCAGGAUCUUGCAGCGAGGCCAGAGUCAACAGAAUGUGUCAGGUACAACUUCCGUGGGUUCCGCUGGCUUCAAGCUAUGAUUUUUGCUAUCGAGGAGAUCAAUAACAGUUCUACUCUUCUUCCAAACAUCACGCUUGGUUACCGUAUAUUUGACACAUGCAACACCGUCUCAAAAGCUCUGGAGGCAUCGCUGAGUUUUGUCGCACAGAAUAAGAUUGAUUCGCUCAACUUGGAUGAAUUCUGUAACUGCACAGGAAACAUCCCAUCAACUAUCGCAGUGGUCGGGGCGUCCGGAUCCGCCGUCUCUACGGCAGUCGCUGACCUCGUUGGCCUCUUUUAUAUUCCUCAGAUAAGCUACGCCUCAUCCAGUCGCCUUUUGAGCAACAAGAAUCAGUACAAAUCUUUCAUGAGAACCAUCCCUACAGAUGAGUACCAAGCCAUCGCCAUGGCUGCCAUCAUAGACCACUUCCAAUGGAACUGGGUGAUCGCCAUCGCCUCCGACGAUGAGUACGGCCGCCCGGGGAUCGAGAAGUUCGAGAACGAAAUGUUUCAUAGGGACAUCUGCAUCGAUCUCAACGUUUUAAUUUCACAGUACACUGAUGAAGCUGAAAUUCGUCGUCUGGCGGACCGCAUCGAAAACUCCACCGCCAAGGUCAUCGCCGUGUUCGCCAGCGGGCCGGAUAUCGAGCCGCUGGUUAAAGAGAUGGUCAGGCGAAACGUCACAGACCGGGUCUGGUUAGCGAGCGAAGCCUGGGCCAGCUCAAGCCUGGUCGCCAAGCCGGAGUAUCUCGACGUCAUGGGCGGAACCAUCGGUUUUGUGUUGAGGGCUGGGAAAAUACCUGGCUUAAAAGAAUUCCUACAGCAAGUUCAUCCAAAGCAGUCGAGUCAUAAUGAAUUUGUGAGGGAAUUUUGGGAGGAGACCUUUAACUGUUACCUGGAAGACAGCCAGAGGAAUGAGGACAGUGAGAAUGGCAGUACGAGUUUCAGGCCCUUGUGCACUGGGGAUGAAGACAUUGCGAGCGUGGAGACACCGUACCUGGACUACACGCACCUAAGGAUUUCCUACAAUGUCUACGUGGCUGUUUAUGCCAUAGCGCAGGCGCUUCAGGACAUCCUCAACUGUACACCUGGGAAAGGACUGUUUGCUAACGGCUCUUGUGCCGAUAUUCGGAAAGUGGAAGCAUGGCAGGUUCUGAAACAACUGAGACACCUAAACUUCAUCGACAGCAUGGGGGAGAGAGUGCGUUUCGAUAACGGCAGUGAGGUCUCUGCAAAUUAUACAAUCAUAAACUGGCAUCGCUCCUCUGAGGACGGAUCUGUUGUGUUUGAAGAAGUCGGUUAUUAUAGCAUACAUAACAAGAAUGGAGCCAAACUUUCCAUAGAUAAGACAAAGGUCCUGUGGAAUGGCCAUUCGACUGAGGUGCCGUUUUCUAACUGUAGUGAGGAGUGUGAACCUGGAACCAGGAAAGGAAUUAUUGAUGGUAAACCUACGUGCUGCUUCGAGUGUACUGAAUGCUCAGAUGGAGAGUACAGUGAUAAUAAAGAUGCCAGCGUUUGUUCCAAGUGUCCCAACAACUCCUGGUCUAAUGGCAAUCACACAUCCUGCUUUCUAAAGGAGAUCGAGUUUCUUUCCUGGACCGAACCUUUUGGAAUCGCGUUGGCCUUGUUCUCAGUACUCGGCGUCCUAUUAACGGCGUUUGUGCUGGGUGUUUUUGUUCAGUUUCGUGACACCCCCAUUGUGAAAGCCUCAAACCGGGAACUGUCGUACCUUCUUCUUUUCUCGCUUAUUUGUUGUUUCUCCAGCUCCCUCAUUUUCAUUGGUGAACCUCAAGAUUGGACAUGCCGCGUACGGCAGCCGGCUUUCGGAAUCAGUUUUGUGUUGUGCAUUUCCUGCAUUUUAGUUAAAACGAACCGGGUCCUGCUGGUAUUCGAAGCCAAAAUCCCCACCAGUGUCCACCGUAAAUGGUGGGGGCUCAACCUGCAGUUUUUAUUGGUCUUCCUGUUCACGUUUGUGCAGGUCAUGAUCUCCGUGGUUUGGCUGUACAAUGCUCCACCAGGCAGUUACAGGAAUUAUGACAUUGAUGAGAUCAUCUUCAUUACAUGCAACGAGGGCUCCAUGAUGGCAUUGGGAUUCCUGAUUGGCUACACCUGCCUGCUGGCGGCCAUCUGUUUCUUCUUUGCGUUCAAGUCUCGGAAGCUGCCCGAAAACUUCACCGAGGCCAAGUUCAUCACGUUUAGCAUGUUGAUCUUCUUCAUUGUCUGGAUCUCCUUCAUCCCCGCGUACUUCAGCACGUACGGCAAGUUUGUCUCAGCGGUCGAGGUCAUUGCCAUCCUGGCCUCCAGCUUCAGUUUGCUGGCUUGUAUCUUUUUCAACAAGGUCUACAUAAUUCUCUUUAAACCAUCCAGGAACACGAUCGAGGAGGUUCGCUGUUGCACGGCAGCUCACGCUUUCAAAGCGGCAGCAAAAGCAACGCUACGGCACAGCUCCACCUCCAGAAUAAGGUCGAGCAGUGUCGGUGGCUCCUCUGCCUCUUCGCCCUCCUCAUCCAUAAGUCUGAAGACCAAUGGCAAUGAAACUGAGUCACCACUUGCACGCAGGCAAAGUCAGAAACCGAGGGUGAGCUUUGGUAGUGGAACGGUCAGUUUCUCCUUGAGCUUUGAGGAAUCUAGAAAGAACUCUGUGAAAUAAACAAGAACUGCUUUGUAAACAAUUACAGACUUUGUACUAGAUUUCUACUUUUCAUUUUUUCGAUCUAUGAAUCAUAUUUUGAAAACAAAUGAUUUCACAAAAUUUGGGAACAGACAGAACUCGUAAUCUUGGCAUGGACUGAUCUCCGUCAACAACACUUAAAUCCCCCACAACUAAGGUUGCAAAGGGGCGGAAAGUGUCCGGCAACUUUCCAUGGGAACUUAAUCUGGGGAAUUUUGGAAAUAUGCCAAAACUUAUCUAUGAAUAAUAUUUUUCAGUGUUUUCUAAGCAACAAAUGAUUCCACAAAAUUUGGAAACAGACAGAACUUGUAAUCUUGGCAUGGACUGAUCUCCGUCAACAACACUUAAACCCACCACAACUAGGGUUGCAAAGGGGUGGAAAGUUCCCAUGAGAACUUAAUCUGGGGAAUUUUGGAAAAUUCCAAAUUGGAAACUUAACAGGAAUUUAUGGUAAUUUAAAACAUAAAUAAACCUUUUGUUUGGUCAUAAGCAGACAUCCAUGCAAGGUAAUAUACAUUUUGAAGAAUCCUGAUACUUGCGCUCAUCCAGCCUGGAUUUAUUUGAUCAAAAAUCCUUUAGAAAUCAUUCAUAUUGGAAUGAUUUCUGAAAUAUUUUUGAUCAAAUAAAUGCAGACUUGAUGAGCAUAAGAUACUUCUUUCAAAAACAUUAAAAUAGUAAUUUGUCCAAACUUUGGGGUGAUAAAUUGGGGUUCUGUAUGAUGAUAAAAGAAUGGCUAGCAAAAUGUAGAAGAAAGAGCAUCACAGCUUGAGCUAACUGCAUGAUACCUAUGCU